CGGAGCGCGGCGCCGCGGGCUGCACCCACCCACGGGCGCUCCCAUGAAGCGACGCUGCGAGAGCCGCGCUCCCAACUAGAAAGAUGCAAAACCGUAAUAUCCGUGAAGAUCCUAUUACCUAGGAAGAAUUUGACGUUUUGCUGCGAACGCUGUGUUGGGAUUGAUUUAUACUUGGAGUGCUCUGCACGGCUGGCAAAGAAUAAUGUUCCAAAAUCGGUCCGUCUCCCAAGGGGUCCAAUUUUUCUUCCUGGGUGUCAGCGAGCCCUGACUCACUACAGUGCAGCUGACAGGGGCUGCCAUGCUUGUGGCACACUAAGCAAAAAACAAAAGACCUAAGGACGACCUUUGAACAACACAAAGGAUGGGUUUCAAUGUAAUUAGGCUACUGAGCGGAUCAGCUGUAGCUCUGGUAAUAGCCCCUACUGUAUUACUGACAAUGCUUUCUUCUGCUGAACGAGGAUGCCCUAAGGGCUGUAGGUGUGAAGGCAAAAUGGUAUAUUGUGAAUCUCAGAAAUUGCAGGAGAUUCCCUCAAGUAUAUCUGCUGGUUGUUUAGGUUUGUCCCUUCGAUAUAACAGCCUCCAAAAACUAAAAUACAAUCAAUUUAAAGGUCUUAAUCAACUCACCUGGCUCUAUUUAGACCAUAACCACAUCAGCAAUAUUGACGAAAAUGCUUUCAGUGGAAUACGCAGACUAAAAGAGUUGAUCUUGAGUUCCAACAGAAUCUCCUAUUUUCUUAAUAAUACCUUCAGACCUGUGACAAAUCUCCGGAAUUUGGAUCUGUCAUACAAUCAGCUGCAGUCUCUGGGAUCUGAGCAGUUCAGGGGCUUAAGGAAGCUGCUGAGUUUACAUUUGCGGUCCAAUUCCCUAAGAACCAUUCCUGUUCGAAUAUUUCAAGAUUGCAGGAACCUCGAACUGUUGGACCUGGGUUAUAAUCGCAUCCGGAGUUUAGCAAGGAAUGUGUUUGCAGGUAUGAUCAGACUGAAAGAGCUUCAUCUGGAGCACAAUCAAUUUUCUAAGCUCAACCUGGCACUUUUUCCAAGGCUAGUCAGCCUUCAAAACCUUUAUUUACAGUGGAAUAAAAUCAGUGUGAUAGGACAAACUAUGUCUUGGACCUGGAGCUCAUUACAAAGACUCGAUUUAUCUGGCAAUGAAAUAGAAGCUUUCAGUGGACCUAGUGUUUUUCAGUGUGUGCCCAAUUUACAGCGCCUCAACCUGGAUUCAAACAAGCUCACAUUUAUUGGUCAAGAAAUUUUGGAUUCUUGGAUAUCUCUCAAUGACAUCAGCCUUGCCGGGAAUAUAUGGGAAUGCAGCAGAAACAUUUGCUCUCUGGUAAACUGGCUUAAAAGUUUUAAAGGGCUGAGGGAAAAUACAAUUAUUUGUGCCAGCCCCAAAGAGCUGCAAGGGGUGAACGUUAUCGAUGCAGUGAAAAACUACAGCAUCUGUGGCAAGAGUACCACGGAAAGGUUCGAACUGGCACGAGCCCUCCCAAAGCCAACGUUUAAACCAAAACUCACCAGGCCUAAGCACGACAGCGAGCCCCCCGUGCCCCCGACGGCGGGAGCCCCCGAGGGCGGCCCCGAGCCCGAGCACGACGCGGAGCACAUCUCCUUCCACAAAAUCAUCGCCGGCAGCGUGGCCCUCUUCCUCUCGGUGCUGGUGAUCCUGCUGGUGAUCUACGUGUCGUGGAAGCGCUACCCUGCCAGCAUGAAGCAGCUGCAGCAGCGCUCGCUCAUGCGGAGGCACAGGAGAAAGAAACGACAGUCGCUGAAGCAAAUGACUCCAAGCACACAGGAAUUUUAUGUAGAUUACAAACCCACCAACACUGAGACCAGUGAGAUGCUGCUGAAUGGAACGGGACCCUGCACGUACAACAAAUCGGGCUCCAGGGAAUGCGAGAUCCCACUGUCCAUGAACAUGUCAACGUUCCUGGCCUACGAGCAGCCCACGCUGAGCUACUGCGGGGUGCACCACGAGCUGCUGGCCCACCAGCCCUACGAGGGCAGCAGGCAGGAGGAGCCCAUGGACACGGGGCUGGAGGCGGAGCUGGACCUGAGCACCAUCACCACGGCAGCACGGAGCCGGGAGCAGGGGCAGCCGCUGCCCUAGGGAACCCUGGAGCAGGGAACAGGGACAGCAGCUGCCCUAGGGAACCCUGGAGCCGGGAACAGGGGCAGCAGCUGCCCUAGGGAACCCUGGAGCCCCUAGGGAACCCUGGAGCCCCUAGGGAAUCCUGGAGCAGGGAACAGGGGCAGCAGCUGCCCUAGGGAACCCUGGAGCCCCAUGGGAACCCUGGAGCAGGGAACAGGGCCAGCAGCUGCCCUAGGGAACCCUGGAGCCUCUAGGGAACCCUGGAGCCCCAAGGGAACCCUGGAGCAGGGAGCAGGGGCAGCAGCUGCCCUAGGGAACCCUGGAGCCCCAUGGGAACCCUGGAGCAGGGAACAAGGACAGCAGCUGCCCUAAGGAACCCUGGAGCAGGGAGAAUGGACAGCAGCUGCCCUAGGGAACCCUGGAGCCCCUAGGGAAUCCUGGAGCCUCUAGGGAAUCCUGGAGCAGGGAACAAGGACAGCAGCUGCCCUAGGGAACCCUGGAGCCCCAUGGGAACCCUGGAGCCCCUAGGGAAUCCUGGAGCAAGGACAGCAGCUGCCCUAGGGAACCCUGGAGCCCCAUGGGAAUCCUGGAGCAGGGGCUGCAUCCAAACCCUGGGGGAAGCUAUGGACACCAGUGAGCAGGCAGUUCUGUGGAGUGUAGGAUCCCUGUGCAAAUUAAAAGUCAAUCACAAAGAUUAAUUGUUUCCAGUCUACAAUUUGUAAUUAGUUCAGUUGUGCAGUAUUUUUUUGACUUCAGAGUAUGACCCUCGAAAGUGAAUCUUUUUCAAAACUCAUCCUACCUACCUGUAUAAACUGUACAGAUGUAAUGUAUUUUUCAUAUUGUAAAGUUUCAAUUACCAAGAACAACUGGUAUGUACAGUGCCAUAAUUUAAUUACAUCUUACUUUACAAGCUUCAGUUUCUAAAGCUUCAAAUUAACAAAAGUUACUCCUUGUGUUAUUAAGUUACUCUGUUUUGUAGGGAUCAUUUUGUUACUGCUUUUGUGCCCAGAAAACUUUAAUCUAAAAUUCUGUCCUUUGCAGAAUAUGCACCAUUUUUACUGUGUUUAAUGUGUAGAAUUUUAUCUACUGGUUCCAGAGGGAGGGUUUAACUAUUCAAACUUCUAAGAAAUUCCUGAAAUAUAUAUAUAUAUAUUUCCUAGAAAUGAAAACUAAAAAAAAAAUUAAUUCUUCUCAAACUUACCUGUUGCCUUGAAAUACAGCCUGGUUUUUAACAACAAAGCUUGGUUAUGCAACUGGUAGUCAAGGCUGAUGAUAUUUUAUUAAGUCUCACUGUUCUGCAACGACAGGAGACUUCAACAGGCAGCUACAAAAUCUGCUGUGAGAGCCUGCCAAAUCAGGCAUUUGUAUUUCUGCUUAAAGACAAAGGGGUCCAAAACUACUUCUGUCACAGGCAGCUGCUGACAGAAGUGGCAACAGAAACAAAUCCUUAUACUACUCCUAGAAUGUAAAAUGUCACUCAAAAGAAACAUCCACUUGCUGAAAAAUCUAGUAAUUUGGAAAAAAUGCUAAAAGUUUACAGUCCUUUAACAUUAUGAUAAAGCAAACAAAGAAAAAGCCCAAAACCUUUAAAGAAAAAAAAAUAAUGUAGUAUUAAGUCUUUAACAAUUACUACAUUGCUUAUUUGUCUGUCAUUUAAUAUCUGGACUGAAGCAUUCUUAUACCCCAUUCUUUUGUUUUAAAUCUUCAAGACUUCUCAACACUGUAUGUGAGUAACUUUUUAUACCACUACACACUACCCUGUAAUCAUAAAAGAUUACAGAAAUUAGGAAGACAUUAUAUCAUGCUGACUCUGUGAAAAACAAAAUGGGAACACAAGCCUUCCAAAAUAUAGGAAAAAAAAGUUUCAUAUGGUGAAGCAACUUUUUUAUAAUAAAGAGAAAUUAUAUAACCUCAAAUCUAUUUUUCUGGAUCUUUAUCCUACCAUAUUUUCAUGUAGUUUCAAAGCAGAAGAUUGAAUUUUAAAAUUACAGGGCAACUGUUUGUACAAAACAAGGUGUAUAGAAGGAAAAUCAGCUUCAAAAAUCGGUAACAAAUCAAUCUGCAUUCAGUACCUGUUAAGUGGAAACAAAGUGUCAAAAGCAAAUACAUUGUACUGCUUAUUUAUUAGCACUUCAAUUUUGUAACAUAUUUUGCAUAAAUUAUUUCCUCUUCAAAACAUUAAUUGUCUUUUUAAGACAUCUCUUACACCUGCACCCUCCAGCUCUGUAUUUCCUCACUACACUGGUUCUUGAGUCUGUUACACUGGUUCUGGAAUGUGUCACCUUCCCCAGUGCUGGAAUUUUCCUACACAGGAGUCUGAAAACCCAUUUUGCUCAUUGCCCACGGGUGACCAACACCCAGGAGUCACU